AAAUGGUAUUGCACAGCCUUUUUGAUUGACUCUGCCGAAGAUUCUUGUGUGGUUGUAGUAGAUUCGCAGCUGCUGCCAAGAUGAACUUUAUUCAUGAUUACCUGCAGAUAAUACUGACACUGCAGUACACUCAUGUUCUGCUCCAAGCACCUGAAGCCAUCGCAGAUGGGAUAAAAGUCUCCCAAACUCCUCCAGAAAUCAACAUCUCUGAAGGAAGUUCUAUCAACAUGGAAUGUUCUUGUGAAGAGGAUGUACAAGUGGAAAGCAUUAGGGUAGAUUGGAACAAAGACUCAGAAUCGAUCCUCAAUGCAACAAGUUCAAAUGGUUCUGUAAAUCAAGCUUACAUCAACAGACUCUCUUACACUGUUGAAAAAACAAAAUCAACGGUGACAAUCAAAAGUAUUACUCGAGAUGAUGCUGGACUGUAUCAAUGUCAAAUGUUGAUUGAAAUACCACCACCAGUUCGAAAAGGCAAUGGAAAUGGAACAAUAUUGACAGUGCAAGCACACAAAAAUACACCCGAAUUGAGAGCUAUUGUAGCAGCGUCGGUAUUGUUGUUGAUAUUGGUUCCUAUAGUUUUAUUUUACAAGAAACAACAGAAAAUUCAGAGAAAUAGAAGAAAUACAACAGCAGUACCAGUCCUGUUUGAUGCUGCAAGAGAAGAGAUUAGUGAAGAAAAUCAGGAGAAUGAAGGGAAUGAGGAAAACUCAUCCUCAAGAGGCUCAUCUCAUUGGCUGGCCUCAUCAUUGUAUGAAUCAUUUGACUACUUUGCAAUCCAAAAUGUAAACGAAGAAGUCAGAUGCUCAGUCUCAUCCAGAUGAAUCUUCAACAUACACGUGAAAGUAGAAGACUAUUUUCAAAAUUGACUUUGUUCAUAUUUUAAAUUGUUCACCAUUUCAGGAAGACUGAGAGUCAAGCCUGCUUUCUAACUGGAGACUUGGCUGUUGCCAUGUGUUAACAGAAGCUAUGUCAGGUCAGAAGAUUGAGUGCAGCACCAGUUGAAACUCUGUGGAUCAGAGAGAUGAACAAGUUCAUUGCCUUUUCUGUUGCCAGCUACUGUAUGGGGUGAGGCACCAAAUGGUGCAGAACCAUCAUCCCAGGAGGACUUUAGGAAUGGAAUGGAUGCAAGAUCUCCACAAAAGGAGGCCAUGGGAGAAAAAUUGUUGAUCCAUUACUACACAUUAAUUUAACAGCACAAAAAAUCAUAAAUCUGUGAUUUUGAGAGAUCCAAUCUAUUUUUACAGUUGAAGUUCAUUUAAAGGUUAUGAUCAUGGAGUGUAGUGACAGUUGUGAUGUUUAGACCGCAGAAUUGUGCAACACUGUGGAAAGUUGCAUUGGCCCCUCCCUGAGUUUCCUGUUUUCAGCUUUUGGUGAUUCUGCAAGAUGUUUGCCAAGCCAUCAUUGCAACUCAGAAAAGGAAAAAAAAAUCAAAGUUUUAACUUUUUUUAAAAAUGGUUGCUCAUGAGAUGUGUACAUCAUUGGUUUCACCAGCAUUUUAUGCCCAUCACUAGGUGCCCUGAGGAAUGUAAUGGAGAGCUGCAUUCUUGAACCAGAUCAGUCUAUAAGGUGUAGAAACACCCAGAGUGGUGUUAUAAAACAUGGAACAUAGAACACAGAACAGUGCAGCACAGUACAGACCCUUUAACCCACGAUGUUGUGCUGAACUUUUACACCAAACCUAAGGUCUAUCUAACCUCCAUCCCUACCUUAUAUUAUGCCUAUCUGUCUAAUAGCCGCUUAAAUGCUCCAAAUGAGGGCGACUCCACUACCCUCUCCAGCUAUGCAUUCCACACUCCUACUAUUCUCUGAGUAAGGAACCUACUUCUGACAUGUCCCCUAUAUCUGCCUCCACUCAUCUUAAAACGAUAUCCCCUCGUAAUAGCUACUUCCACCCUAAGAAAAAGUUUCUGGCUGCCCACACUAUCUAUACCUCUGAUCAUUUUGUACACUUCUAACAAGUCACCUCUCAUCCUUCGUCGUAUAAAGAGAAAAGCCCUAGCUCUCUCAACCUUUCCUCGUAAGACCGUCCCUCAUGCCAGGCAACAUCCUGGGAAAUCUCCUUUGCACCUUUUCCAACACUUACACAUCUUUCCUGUAAUGAGGCGACCAGAACUGGACACAAUACUCCGGAUGUGGCCGAACCAGGGUUUUGUACAGCUGGAGUAUAACUUCACGGCUCUUGAACUCAAUCCCUCCAUUAAUGAAAGCUAACGCACCAUACAGCUUCUAACAACUCUAUCCACCUGGGUGGCAGCUUUCAGGGAACUGUGGACAUGAAUCCCAAGAUCUCUCUGCUCCUCCACACUGCCAAGAAUCUGUAUGUUAACGCUGUAUUCUGCUUUCAUGUUUGUCCUUCCAAAUAUGGAAUAUAGAAAUGGAUUGUCUGACAUUAUGGCACAGAUAUGUGGUUUGAAGCUCAUCUCAGGGUCAUGAUUGUGAGCAGUCUAAACUUUGAAGAGUCUGUGAAGGGAUAUAGAUAAGUUAGGUGAACAGGCAAAAAGUUGACAAAUGAAGUAUAGUGUGGAAAAUUGUGAUCUUGUUCACAUUGGUAGGACAAAUGGACAAACUAUAUAGAACGUAACUGGAGAGAUAUUUCUAAAUUCUGUGGUACUAAGGGAUCUGGGACUUCUGGUAUGCGAAUCAGAGCAUAUUAGUAUGCUGGUGCAGCAAUUGAUAAGAAAUACAAAUGAACAAUGUUGUUAGAAGAGGAAUGGAAUAUAAACACAUGGACAACUUGCUACAAUUGUACAGGGUGUUGAUGUAACCACAUUUGGAGAAAUGUUUAAGAUGUGGUCUUUUUACUUGAGAAAAAAUGUAAUUGCAAUAGAAGCGUAUUGGAGAAACAUAUGAAAUAGGAGCAGAAGACAACAUUCGGUCUCUCAAGCCUGCUCCACCACUCAAUAAUUUGUAUUUAAAAUCCCACAUUUCCAGCUAUACCCUCUGCAACGUUCUAAUACUCCCACCACCACCAUUCCCUUCCCACCCGGAUAUCUAGAAUUGAUCCAUCAAUGUCAUCAAAAUACUUAUCUGUUCUCACUUGAAUGAUCCCUGGAAUGAAGGUAUUGCUGAAAAGGAAAGUUGGACAGGUUGGGCCUAUAAUUAAUGAAGCUUAAAAGAAUGAGAAUUGAUCUUUUUAAAACUUCUAAGAUGUAGAUGGGAUUUGACAGUAGAUGCUGGGAUGAUACUUCUCCUUAUGGGAGGGACUAGAACUUUGGGACACAGUUUAAAAAUGAGAGGUCUCUAUUUAAAAUGGCGAUGGGGUUUAUUUUUACAUUCUGGAGUCAUUCGUCUAAGCUAUUCUCUGUCCCAGUUUGCAAUGGAGGCAGGAUCAAUAAAUAUACUCAGGGUCAAGUUAGAGAGAUUCUUGAAUGACAAGGGAUUCAAAUAACACUGGAGGGAGAAAGGGAAGUAGGACUGAGGCCAAAAUGAGAUUUGAUCUUUCAAACAGCAAAGCAGCUCCUGCUCCUUAUUCAUUUGCUCAAACAUUUGUCAGGAGAGGAAUAAAGAUGUUCACAAGGAGUUUACAGUAUGGAGCAAAGACAGUGGUCUGCCUCUUACCAAAACCUAAUUGCAAGAAAUUUUCGGCUCUGCUAGAUGUCAGACAAGCAAUUUGAUAACUGGGUUAUAGUAGAUGAAUUAAGAGGAGGAUAGUAAUGAAAAGCUGGAUGUUGAUGAAUGUGUGAACACACUGACAAUGUGCUCUUGGAUAACGCUGCAGAGUAGCACCAUGCAAAUGAAAAUUUGGAUAGAACCUUGGCAUAACGUGGGAAGAGAAGUUAGUGGCAGUGAUAUUCUGACUAUGGUUAGAUAGAUGAGAAUAGGGGAGGCAAAUCAAUGUUCUGAAAUACUGGAAAACAGUGCAGCCAACUGAAAAUAUCUGCAGAAGAGAAACACUUUUUUCAACCUUCUGGAACAGAAUCCAGAUAUCGAUCCUCAAGGAUAAUGGACAGUGAGAUGAAGUCUCCAUCUAAUUCUGCAAAUUUCACAGGGAGAGAUGGAAGAGAACUGAAAUAUGGAGAUUUUUUUCACAGCUGCAGCCAUCUGUGCAUGACUUGUGCACUGAAAAGUACCCAAAAAGUUUCUAUGUUAAAUUUUGCAAAGAGCCAUAUAAUUCAGGCCACUGAUAAACAAUUUUUGUUUGGUUAUCAAACUCUGCAUAUUUGGCAAAUAUAAUGUUAAAACCAUUUUGUGAAACAGUGCUGUUCUACGUGCAAAAUGAGUCUCUGUCCUAUUAAUGUAACAAUUUACGUCCAAAGUCUAAAAAUGGAACUUAAGUUUUCAUCAUAUAAAUAGCAAUGUUAGCAAGUCACGAAGAAUUUCUAUAAAAUUAAUGCAAACAAAAAAGUUUCACAAUUGUUAGGGCUGCCCAUAACUGACUGCACAAAAUGGCUGUUAAGGCUGCCGAUAUACAAAAUGACUGUGACGGCUGCCCAAAACUAUUGCUGACAAACAUUUUCUCGAGGUCACAACUGAUCCAUAAGAAGAUCAUAAGAAGAAAAAAUAAGUAGAACAAUAGCAACUCUGCAAGCCAUAGAACAUUUGACGCUAAAGACAAGAUAACAACAUUUGACAUUUGAUUCAACUCUGUAAGCCAUAGAUAAAACAUUUAACAUUUGCAGCUCACACGAAAGAUAAUAUUUGAACAAUAACACAUUAGACCACCUCAUACUAAUUAGUUGUUUAAUCAACAAUUAUAGAUUAUACUUAGUUCAUAAAAGGAUUCAAUGAUGAAGGGAGGAAAGAAUGAUGAAACAGUUCCAAGUAAGGAAGAUGUGUGACUGAGAGGAAGGUUUGCAGGUGAUGGUUUCCCAAUGUCCUUCUAUCUGGUAGAGGUUGCAGGUUUGGAAAGUGCUGUCGAAAGAGCCAUGGUGAGUAUACUACAGUCCAUCCUGUAGAUGGUAGACACUGCUGUCAUUGUGCAUCAGUGGCAAAGGGAGUGAAUGUUGAACAUGGCCGAUGGGAUGCAAAUCGAGUGGGCUCUUCAUCCUAGAUGGUGUUAAAGGUUAUUGAAACAGCAUCCAUUCAGACAAGUUAUGAGUAUUUCUUCACACUCCUGAUGAGACUGGGGACAGGUUUUGGAGAGGCAGGAGGUGAGUUACUCAUGGCAGAACUUCCAGCCUCUGAUCUGUUUUUUUUAAAUUCCUUCAGGGAAUGCGAUAGGUAAAUACCAGUUCGGCCAACAUUUUCCACCCAUCCCUAAAUGUCCAGAGGGCAGCUAAGUGUCUGUCAUAUUGCUGUGGGUCUGGAAUCACAUAAAGGGCAGACCAGGUAAGGAUGACCGUUUCCUUCCUAAAGGACAUUAGCGAACCAGAUGGUUUUUUUCCUGACAAUCUGUGCUCCUCUUCUUCCAAUGGGUGAGUCAGCUGACAACAUUUUGAGUCAUGAAAAAUGAACAACAGGGACCAAUGUUCCAUAAUGGAGCUAGAUUUUAAAAGCAGGAUCAGGAAUCUGACACCUGGAUGAAAUGUGGUACCUGACACCCUCAUUUUGAAUGUGGUAGCUCUAAUAGGCCAGGCAGAGAGGAGUUUGCUGCCCAAUUUGUGAGGAAGACUGCAUUCCAGUGUCAGCAACAGCUUGGUCAUACUGAUGUUUGCCACUACUUUCAGGAUAGAACACGCAGCUGAUCAUAGGGCUAGAAGGAUUAAUGUUCAAGAAUGGUAGCCAGGAAAAACUAAGGUAGCGCACAGAUUUUGUCACAGAUUACCUCAGGGCUCAAUAUAUCUCACAUUCAGUGCUUUUCCAUAACCCUGUGAAUAGACUGGGAAAAAGGCAACUGCCUGUUUGCAUUCAUCAAAAUAAUAAUUUACAAAAUCUAUUCCCGAUUGUACUAACCCCCAACCAAGGUCCUAAAGGAGGUGGAUAGGCCAUUAGAUGGCACCAGGCAGGUUAUCCACUCUGUCCAACAAAAGCACUGGAAAUCUGAAAUAAAAACAGAAAAUGCUGGAGCAAGCCUGGCAGCAUUUGUGGAGAAAGAAAGAGACCAAUACUGUAUUUUUCCAGACUGUUAAAUACUAAGCACACGGCAUGGAAAUAGAGCAUAGCUGAUUUUGCCAAGUCAGAUGUUGAAAUUUGGGAGGAAAAUAACUUGAAGGUUUUCAUUCACGCGAUGGGUUUUCAAUUAAGUCUGGUUCUAACUUCAUCAGCCUGCUUGAUUAACAUUGAAUUUUGUCAGGUGCAGGUUUGUUUGUUCUAACAUUAACAAAGGCAUUUUCAACUUUACAUUAAGAAAAAAUUCAAUUUUAUUUUCCCCAGGUCUACAUGUAAUUCAUAGUAACAUCUAGAUGCAGAGAUUGUAGGAACUGCAGAUGCUGGAGAAUCUGAGAUAAUAAGGUAUAGAGCUGGAUGAACACAGCAGGUCAAGCAGCAUAAGAGGAAAUUUUUUCUCAAGUAGGGUCUAGGCCCGAAACGUCAGCU